CAGUCGAGCCGUCAAUUCAUAGCAGUCGAUUCGUAGGAACGAUUUUUCCCUGUCCGACGCCCGUGUCCGUGUUUUGGAGUGGAGUGAAAAUGGCGUGCGUUUCGCGUUCGGGCAGCGCAGCUCAUUGUGGCGCCGUUCUUGCCACCGUCCGGUAGAAAAACUAAUCGAGAAGCGCGUGAAAGGAAGAAGAACCCCAGUUGGAAAGUCGUGGUCGGGUGCGAGAAAAAGUUGUGACGCCGCGAACGGAAAAUAUGUCGUCGACGACGUCGGGAAAAUAGAGCUCGACGGGAAAUACGAACGAACGGGAGGGAGUGUGAGUGCGUGCGUGUUUGCGCGAGUGUGUGUGAAUGUGCGUGAAAAACGAAAACGACGAGCCACCGCUGAAAAAGCCAAAAAAGAAAAAUCAGCUUGCAAAGCAUCUUCCGACCGCUCUCCCAGCGAUUUUCCACGACUUUUCCGCCGCCAGUCGCCUCCGUGCGGGCUUGUAGGUGUCCCGCAGGUAUCCCGUGCCUCCCGCGUCCCGUUUGCCAGCCUUCCCAGCUGCUGGUCACUGGCUUGGUUUUUGUUUGCAUGCUUUGUGUCGCGACGCGGUUCCCGCACGUCAAGUGAAAAGCAGGAGAGAGCCGGAAAGCGUAGUGGAAAAGUGGAGCAGAUCGACGAGGAAAAUAUUUCAAAAGCAGCGCGAAAUUGAAAAAGGAAAAGCACCAAGCUAUCGAGAAGGGAGUUCUUAACGAACUGACGUAUCGUCGCUCUAGUAUAUAUCUCAGUUUUAAUUUCGAUAAUAGUCAAGCGUUUUUCUUUUUAACUUUGUGCUUUUGUGUGCGUGUUUUGCCUCUGCAAGUUUGUGUGAAAAAUUACCCUCGUGGAAAAUCCAAAAAGUAUUAAAUAUUUUAGUAAGAUUCCGCAUUUAAUUCGUGCGAAUCCAAAACGUAUACACCGGGAGUAUCGUAAAUAAGAAAAUCGUAGUGGAAUUUUUUUAUGACCCUCUACUAUUGUUAUCAACAUUAUUUGUGCGCGCACACCGUUCAUUUUCAUUAUUCAUAUUUUUCGGUCAGAAGAUUGAAACGAAAUUCUUGUUCAAGCUCUGAAUAAAAUACAAAUGAAAACUUCGCAUUUUCCGUCGAACUACGACUUUUCGAGUCGCCCUCAUAUACAGGGUGGUCACAACAGCAGCCAACAGCAAUCAGCGACAAAUAGCAGCGAGAAUUUAAGUGCGAUAUCUUUUGCAAAUCAGAGCAGUAGCAAUCAUCAUUCACAUCAUCAUCAGCAACAACAACAGCAGCAGCAUCAUCAUCAAUCGCAUCAUCAGCAUCAGCCACAACACCACCAUCAGCAGCAGCAAAGGUACGACGAUUUGUACCCAUCACAAACAUCUGCAAACGCGGCGGCUCCUUCAUCCUCGUCGUCGUCUAACCGAAUUCCCGCUACCGCUCAAUCAUCCUCACGCGGUGGCGCUAUUGUCUCCUCGUCUACAUCAUCAACAACAAAUAGCCACCACAGCAAAAUCAAUUCCACCAGCGACAAUGAUGUAUCAAUCACAUCAACCUAUAACUUGGUGAACAGUGGUAGCGGUCUACACCAGCAACAACAACAGCAGAUCAAUUUCAUUGAUCAAUCUAGCGGUGGUGGAUCAACAAAUCAUCAAAGCAGCCAUCAUCACCACCAUCACCAAAGCAGCAGUGGCAGUAGUAAUCAGCAUCACAGUCACCAUCAACACCAGUCGCAACAGCAACAUCAUCAACAACAACAAGCGAGCGUGUAUGGAAAUGGUGGUGGCGGCAAUUUGGACAAAGUCGUUGUCAAGUACGAACCAUUAACGAAUAGUAGUGGUGGUGGUGGAGGCGGUGGCGGCGUCGCCACUAAUCAGCCCGACUCUAAGGAGUAUCAAGUGAUUCGCAGCACUAACAAAUACCAGCAGCAACAGCAGCAAAUUCAGCAGCAGAAAGCAACGAAACGAAAAAGAGAAACAGAUUGUGAUUGUGGUUGCGUGGACACAAACAUCAGCACAACGGCGCCAUCUGCAGCAUCAUCGUCCAACAGCUCCAAAACGGCACAUACCAAAGUUGCGACCUCCGGGGGGCAUGCAAAUGCACAGCCCCCCAGUAAAAGGUCCAGCAGCGGUGCCGAUGGAGACUACCAACUUGUACAACAUGAAGUCCUAUAUUCAUCGCUAGCUGAAUAUGAGGUUCUUGAAUUUUUGGGUCGCGGUACAUUCGGUCAAGUGGUAAAAUGUUGGAAGCGUGGUACAAACGAAAUUGUUGCUAUCAAGAUUUUAAAGAACCAUCCGUCUUACUAUCGGCAAGGACAAAUCGAGGUUUCAAUUUUACAACGCUUAAGUCAGGAAAAUGCUGAUGAAUUCAAUUUUGUUCGAGCUUUCGAAUGCUUCCAACACAAAAACCACACUUGUUUAGUGUUUGAAAUGCUCGAACAAAAUUUGUAUGAUUUCUUGAAACAAAAUAAGUUCUCACCUUUACCGCUGAAAUACAUUAGACCGAUACUGCAGCAGGUUUUAACGGCUUUGUUAAAACUGAAACAACUUGGUUUGAUUCAUGCUGAUUUGAAGCCGGAAAACAUCAUGUUGGUUGAUCCUGUACGCCAGCCCUACAGGGUGAAAGUUAUCGAUUUCGGAAGUGCAUCGCAUGUUAGUAAAACCGUUUGCAAUACGUACCUCCAGUCAAGAUACUACAGAGCACCGGAGAUUAUUCUUGGAUUGCCGUUUUGUGAAGCCAUUGAUAUGUGGUCGCUUGGUUGUGUAGUGGCUGAAUUAUUUUUGGGAUGGCCAUUAUAUCCGGGAUCGUCAGAAUUUGAUCAAAUACGCUACAUAUCACAAACACAGGGUUUGCCCACAGAACACAUGCUGAAUAGCGCUAGUAAAACAUCGAAGUUUUUCUACCGGGAUGUUGAUUCAACGUAUCCCUUCUGGAGACUGAAAACAGUGGAAGAACAUGAGGCUGAAACAAAUACCAAGAGCAAAGAAGCUCGGAAGUAUAUUUUCAAUUGUUUGGACGACAUUGGUCAAGUGAAUGUGCCCACCGAUUUAGAAGGUGGUCAGUUAUUGGCAGAGAAAACAGAUCGACGAGAAUUCAUUGAUUUAUUGAAACGAAUGUUGACAAUAGACCAGGAGCGGCGGAUAACACCCGCAGAAGCUUUGAAUCAUUCGUUUACAACACUCACUCAUUUGGUUGAUUAUGCACACUGCAAUAAUGUUAAAGCUUCAGUACAAAUGAUGGAAGUUUGUCGCCGUAGUGAUUUCCAUACGGUGCAACCAACAUCAACUUUGGUUACAAACUUUGUUCCUAAUUCGACGGAGAACAUGACCUUUACAAUUAACAAUCAACUUUCGAGCCAAGUUCACCGACUCGUACGCGAGCGGCAGCUGCCUUAUGAGAACCUAUAUCAAAUCUACGGAAGAAGUAACGUUGGACGACAAUACACAAAUGGACGAACGGAUGCAUUCCAACAUCAGCUUGUUUCCAAUAUUUUUUGUCCGCCCGCCUAUCAAGCUAUGCCUAGCCCGACCAAGCACGUUGUCGUGGGUAGCGCCGCUAUGCAACCACCACUUCAAGUUCCUCCUCAACAGUAUGUCAAUGUACCCGUUCCUGUUUCAAUGGUUGAGCCCGCUUCCCAACGAAUGCUACUGACAAACCGUGUACAAGCAGCGAACAGCGUAGCAUGGCCGAAUACUGGUAGACAAAUGGCUUUAGUACCGUCUUGGACUCAGCAACCCGCCUCCCAUUCGUUGAUUAUGGAUUCCGCUUCGUUCCUUGCAGUUGAAGAUAGUUGUCCGAAACAUCAAUUGAAUUUGCCUAGACACGAGCCAAAGAAGGAGUCGCCGGUACAUCAUUUGGUAACUUAUGAUUACAGUGUACCGCGUCAUGAGAAGAAAGAGACGAAUCAGUUGUCACCGGUAAAGAAGCGUGUAAAAGAAAGUUCGCCGCCUCACCAGCAGCGAUACAAUCGUACGCACAUAUCGCCGCAGUAUCACAACCAUGGCUCGCACAACUGUAGUUAUUACAGCAACAAUGGUAACACCAAUAACAUGCAGAAUCCAAUUCAACAAUCGAGUAGCCACCAGAAGUCUGGGCAUCAUGCUGAUAUUGUUUCGAACCAUCAUACAGUACAAGGACAUUCAGCAUAUUCAUCGUCGGGCAAUGGUCAUGGAGGCAAUGGUGGACAUGGUAGCAGCCAUCAUCACGCGGGCAACGGAACUGUGUGCAAUCCCAAUAGCCACGGAGCAAUUGUAAAACAACAGCAAACCAUUACGAUUAAUGAUACACCCUCCCCAACGGCCGUUAUAACGAUUUCUGAUAGUGAAGAUGAGUCCCCCGAUGUUCAACCACCUGCGUCAGCGUCUUCUUCCUCGUCGAAUAAAAUCCCACCGUCAACACACCAACGAGCACACGCUCAUUCACAAACCACAGGAACAGGUUCAGGAACAUGCCGUCAGACGAGCAACGGUAAUGGGAGCGGGAAUAUCGUUAGCAACCAGCAGCCAGCUCACCAAAACUCGUCGGUCCCAGCAACAUCGGGCUCUUCUGCGGCUGUUAAUAUCCAACCUCACCAGCAAUCGAGCACUUCACAGUACCAUCAUAAUGGUAACGGUAAUAAUGCAAUGAAUAAUCAAACAUCAAGUAGUAGCAAUGGACAACGCAAAAAUGUAAUAUCUACGUGCGUUACAGUAGGCGAUAGUGACACUGAGGCAGAACACCGCCGUAGCCCUAAAUACCAUGCCACCGUCAAGUACGAGCCCCAUAGUGGCGGGCAGCAAUCCCAGAAGAAACGCUUACUUGCAUUGGCCCGAAAUGAAUGUUUGGUUUCGUCUACAAAUCAAUUGCAUGUACCAAAACAGGAACCAACGGAAUUCUAUGAUUAUCAGUUGGACAAGCGUGCAUCUUGGGCUCCGCCUGCUCAUCAUAAUCACCAAAAGCGAGAGCCUUCGGCUGCUUAUAUAUCUGCGCAACAGGCCCCGCCACCUUUGGCUCAUUCAAAAAAUACUAGUUCAGUUGUCGCUGCUUCGUGGGGUGGUCCUAUAUACAGACAGCAUCAGUCCAAUACGCCAUUGGGAGGAUCACCAGCAGCUGCUGUAUUGCAGCAAGACAUCUAUGCACAGGGUGAUAUGUAUCGUCGGCCAACUGUUUUCGUUUCACAAGCGCCCUAUCAAAAUUUCAAUCGUGUUGUUCCACCACCGGCACAUAAUGGAUCUAGUCGACAGGAAAAUUUUCUGUUUUCAUUUGUACAGGUACUACCAACGCAUCCGCUUCCGGCGCAUAUUCAAUUCCCAACACAAUACAGUCAAUUUGGUCCUCUAAGUCCUGCACAGGUUGCAAACAAGCAUGGGCCGUACGCUACGAAUAUUUGGUAUGGAGAUUAGACAAAGAAAAAAAACUGUUUUAAGAAAAGCUUAUGCUGAUCGAAGAUUUAUCGAAUGAUUUACAACAAUCUAUGAUGCUGCUAAAUUGGAUGUUACAAUUUGGAGGCAAUGAAGCUUACACUACAGCCUCAUCCACCACCACCAUCACCACUACCACCAAAAUAACAUUGAAACGAAAAGACUUAAAUAGGAGCCGUUUGCGACAAAGAAGAGAUUAAUUCCUGUUACUAUACAUAUACAUUUAUCGUAACACAAAAAUUUACAAUAUUAAGCUGUAAUGAAGAUGCUGAUCAUGAUGAUGUGUGUGCGUGAAUGCGUGCAUAAUUUUCAAAUAUUCGUUUCGGUAUUCCUCCAAAUGGGAAGCAUGAAGGAUAGAAACGAAUAAGAGUUAAAGCCAGAUGCUGCUGGAGGAUAAUGAGAAUAUUAAAAAAAAACGAGAUAAACGAAGUCAGAAACAAAUGAAUGCUGUAUAACACGAACAAGCAGAGCAGAACAAGAAAAAGGUAUCUUUAAGUCGCAAUUUUCUAAAAACAUUGGUCCUCAAAUCUGAACGAGGCGAAGGAAGAAACAAAUAGUAAAUAUUGUUGCGAUUGCGAUUGAAAAAAAAAAAUGAAAUAAGUAAUGUUGUGAUUCACGAGAUAAUAGGUUUGUAGGUUUAGUAGAACAAUAGAAACAAAAAGGCUAAGAUGCAUGAUAACCGAAGUUAGUAGUAAAACCAAUUUAAUGAACAUCAAUGAGGCAAACACAAAAAAUAGAAUGCGUCAACUAUGCAUGCUGUGCGUGUAUAAAUGUGCGAUAGCUGUACACUUAGAGGUAUAUGGGUACCAGACUCAUUUCCAAAACGUCUCGUUUUUUUCUUUGCAAAUGAUAAUUAAACAAAACUUCACUGUAUAUUAUUUUAAGAUCAUAUUUUUGUUUAGAUAAGUAUUGUCUAUUUUCUAUUUUCGUUGUGUUCUCCUAUAUAUAUAAAUAUAUAUUUACAUAUACAAUAGAAGUGAAAACAGAAGAAGGUAAAACAUUGUUUCAGCGAACUAUAAAUAUGACUUAGUGUGGUGUACACUUUGUCUAUUUCUAUCUCAUUUUUUUCUAUUCAUGUGUUGAGUACUGACUCUUCAAAUUCAACUGUUAAAGCUUCUUUCGUGGGUAUCUGAGUGCAAAAAGCAUAACUUUAUAUUAAAUAAUGGAAAAUAUCGUAUCUACUUUGUUGUAUUUUAAUACGCUUUAAUAUUAUAGUAAUGUAUUUGUAUUUCGGUUUUUAUCUUAAAUAUCAAAUUGAGAAUACAGUUAGAUCUUUCUUUUGUAUAUAUAUGGGAAAUUGAUUGUACUAAAACUGAAACAAAUUUAUUAAUAUUGAAUGAACAAAAACGUAUAUUAUGCACAAUGCACCAUAUUUCAUGGUUUAGAAAUUACAAACGAAGUAAAUUGAGCAAAUAAUCUAAUGAUAUAAUUUAAUCUAUUUUGUAGUCAUUUUGUGGUAGACACGAUAGCAACAAUAAAGAGAAGCGAUAAAUGCUUUUUUAAUGAAUAUAUUUCGCGUAUUAUACAUUUUUCUAUUUGUUUCUUUUACUUUAUGAAAUUAUUUUCUCUUCUUACAUUUUAUGUUAUACAAGUCAACACAUUUUAUUAUAUGCUUUUCGUAUUUUUCGGACCAUCUCUUUCAAUUAUUUAGUCGCCUUAUUAUAUCCUCACAUACGCUAAUUCCUAGAUAUAAAUGCAAAACUAUUAAUUAAACAUUGCAAGAUGAGGAGGAUUACAAAUUACAAAUGAUACAAAACAUUUAAGGGAGUCAUAAUAUUCUAAUGUUUGCCACAGUUGUAUAUUUUUAGUAGAUAGAUUUACACAAAAUAACAAAAAAUCGUAUAAAUGAUAUGAAUAUAAAAUAUAUUUAAAUUAGAGUUUGGAAGAGAUGAUUGACUGUCGUCUUUCUAGAAUAGAAUUCAAAUACUUUUAGGUUUCUUUUUUUUAAUGUUUUUGGGAAUCAGUUAUAUUUUUUUAGCAUAUAGUGCGCUUCUAGUAAGUACUUUAAGGAACUAUGAAAGAGUUAUUUUACUAGCCAUGCAAUCUAUAAUAUUUGCUGCGUAGGAAAGUUGUUGCCCAUCAUGCGCUACACCGUUUUACUUUGGAGUGUGGUUGUUAAAUUUCAAUGAAAUCACACUCAUUUGCGACUGUACAAAAUUUUAUCUGGGAAUUUCGUGAGAAUUUAUCAAUAUUUCUCAUCGAAGACGUCUCUUCGUAUGUCACAAAUCCGUUGGUUACGGCUAUCUGUAUAAAUUAAUAGUUGGUUGAGUACAUUAUGCGCAACUACAUUACUGUGAAGUGUGUGAAACACCGAGAUGGAAUAUUUGCGGGUGAAUGUAGUAUAUUGAAUGCUUUCAUGUUAUGAGAAAGUUCUAAUUCGAAAAUUACAGCUGUUGCACAGCAGACACAAUUGUUUUGUCUAUCGAAAAAUAGCGAGAGUUAGUUAUGUGCUAAACGAAAUCCAAAGUAACGCUUCAACUUUCAUGAAAUUUCAUCUAAAUGUGUUAUUGAAUUUUGUUCUAGCACGACGGCAUGUCUUUCAAGCAUGUUUUUAAACUAAUGAAUUUUCUUACAAUAAUAUAUUUUCAGAAAUGUUAUGUGAUGUAGAUUGUAUAUAGAUAUGUGAAAGCACAUAAGAAACAAAAUAUUAUGAAGCAAGCAACUGGCAUAAGAUUAUUACUAUUACACUAUUAUCAUGGUGAAAUUAAACGUUAACAAAUGAAACUAAACACUAAAUAGCGGGAAGGGCUAUGAGUAGUUGUGAAUGCCCACUUGUAGUUUUUUCUAGAAAGUUUUAAAUCUACAUUCUUCCUUUUUAAGUUACAUGGUAUAUGUUUAAAAUUGGCAUAUUAGUAAAUGUUUAAAACGCAAAGAUAACUAUUCUUAUUCAGCGGUGAGUAUUGGCCUAAAUGAUACGUCUACUUAAUCGACAUAAUAUAGCAAUGAAAGUUUUUAAAUUGUUCUUUUUUCUCUGCAUAGUAUCAUACUUUUUGAACACAAAACGACAUCAAUUAUAAAAAUAGCAUUAUAUGAAAAUUUUGUUCAAUUACGAAAUAUUAACACUUACAGCAAUUUUAAUCUACUUUUUAUUAAUUUUCAUGAUACGUGGUAUAUUUUGUUACUUUUCCUAACAAUUACGAUUUUUACGUAGACAUUUUAUCGUACACAUAAAUAUUAAUUAUUCGAUUAUUUGUUUUAAUAUUCGAUUUAUUCGAAAGGCAACGCAAAUUACAAUAAAUCAAAUUCUUUGUAAACUUAGACAUAAUGAUAAUAAUAACACAGCAUACUUCUUUUUGUGAUUUGUAUAAUUAAAAUGUAAUCUAAGACUUAGUGGACAGCGACAAAAACAAUAUUGUAAUUAUUAAAAUUGUAGAUAACUUCCUGUUUUGGAAAAUGAAAUAUUAACACAUUGAAAUAAUGCUAUUUGAUUAGACAAAACUAAGAGAUAAAAACAAAAUACAAACUGAAGAAAUUAUUCUAAUGAAAUGGAAAUUAAAGUACUUGAAAUUGAAAAUAUAUUGAAUAUAUUAAUUGUGUAAAAUGAUAAUAAAAUACAAAAAAUCAAGAAAUUAUAAAUAUUACAAUUAUUUGUGUGUUUUUAGUGUGCAGGUGUGUGUAAAAGAGUGAGUGUGAAUUUAUCUUUGCUACUCUUUGUACUCUUAUAUAGAAAACAAAUAAUGGAAAAUAAUGAAAAAAGAAAUAACUAUAAAAAACAAAUCGACAAAAAACAAAACCCAUUUUUCAACUAAAACUAUAUUAGUAAUUGCUAUUAUUAUUGUAUUAAUGUGCUAUGUUUUAUUAUUAUCCAUAAUAUACAUAUAUAUAUUUUGUUAACGUAAUAUGGAAAACAAUAAUUAAAGAAAAGAAAAUUUAUCACAUUAAAAGAGCAAGUAUCAUA